AUGUCGGAAUCAGCUCGUGCUCAAGAAAGGCUGGACUUUGAGGCUGCAGCUAAGGCAAUCGAGAAAGGGAAAGCCUACAAGGAGGUCAGACAAGCUACUGAACCGCCUAUCGACUUCCUUGCAGGAGGGCUGAAUUUCACUUCUGGUGGAACAGAGCAAAUUAAAGACACUGGAGUCGUAGACAUGAAAUCGAGUAAGACAUACCUAAAAGGGAAGAGUUCCAAUGGCGUCCUGCACCUCUUUUGUGCAAACGUUUUGAUCUCCCUGAUCCUUUCAUGGGAAAGGUAA